GCUCGGGCGUUAUUUGUCAUUGCUACGUAGAAAGUUCGUUCACUGGUAUUACAUUGUGAUGUUUACUAUCAGCUGAUACUGAAAAUCCUUAUUAUCUGGCCGAAAGUCUAGAUGGACAACAACUCGUCGAGCAACCUCCUCCAAAACAGCUUCGAAUCGCAGUUACAUGUAAUGUUACAUCCAGCAACUAGUAGACAGCGGUUAUUGUUCCAGGAAGAUGCUGACAAUGAAAAAAGAGCCGCCCUGCAAAGAGAACAGCUGUCAAGGAGACCUUCCUACAGGAAGAUACUUGACGAGUUGGCGAGUGAAAGUGGGACAGGCAGUGACAAUAAACAGGACAGCAAGCUGAACCUGGCCGUCAGCCUAAACGAGAGUCACAAUGCGCAGGUAUCUCAACCCGCGGUCAUCACCAUCAACAACAGUAACCUGGCCCCUCCACACCAACAGCAGAUAUUAGCUGGACCUCAGACGAGUAACAUGGGCGGUUUAUUCCACACUCCGGUCAUAGUAACGUCAGAUGUAAUGUCAGUGUUAGCGUCAACCCUCACAAACUCCAGCAACUCUGGCGGUCAGCCAACGGUAGUCGCCCUCCCUCAGGGAACCAACUCAGACCAGUCUGCUACGAUCAUGAGUUUCAACAACAGCCAGGCAGACUUACAGAACCUGAGCGCAACCCAAGUACUGAGUAAUGUUAUCCAGGCUCCAAGGACCGCUCUGAUAACGACGCCUUACUACAACAUCCACCGGCCGCCCAACAACCAGGUGGUAAUGACCCAGGGAAUACCGGGCGGUAACCACCAGACCCCCCAACAGUUAGCCGAUGAAGCCAGCAAGAAGCGGGAAAUACGGCUCAUGAAAAACAGAGAAGCAGCACGACACUGUCGAGUAAAGAAGAAGGAGUACUUAAAAUGUUUGGAGGAGCGGGUGCAAAUUCUUGAGGGCCAAAACAAAAAACUUAUCGACGAGCUCAAGGCUCUGAAAGAAUUUUACACCCAACACAAGAAAGAUUACCCCGAACACAACAUUUGAGGAACAUUUCUCAUGAACUUAAAUCUCCCUGGGAUCUAAGAUACAUAUCUUGAUGUACCGUGCUUACUACGUGAGAUGAUAUCCGGAAUUAUUCAGAAGAUACGGAUCUUUGAGAUGAGAUCGCUGUAUUUGUUGUGGAUUAUGAUAAUAUCUCGCUGAGUAUCAAGAGAGAAAGGCUGUACAUAUUUUACAUCUGUCAUGUGGUCGAGGAAUCUGCGUGUUGGGAACGAUUGGUAUGCGUGGUAUGAAACUCUGUGGUAAAGAAUGAACCAAAAACGACAGGACUCUUACGUUGAGAUGUUUCAUCAUGUUUUGGUAUUCGAAGGACUGGCAAAGUUGUGUGCUUUUCCAUCGGAAUUUGAAUGUCGUUAAUUAUUUAGUCUCAGAUCUUAUCGAUCUUUAAAUUAUUGAUUCUCUUAUCAUAUUAAGAUGGAACUAUUAGAAUGUUGUAGUAAUAAGUGGGAUAAUUAUAAAAUAAUAAUGUGAGUUUGGUGGUAAUGUAUAAGGUGGAAAUAUUUACCCACUAAAGGUGGAAAUAUUGACCACUUUAAGGUGGAAAUAUUUACCACUUUCCUGCUGUUAUACGUGUUUGUUUUUAUAUUGCUGAGCUUUUAUAUAUUGCUGAUGUGGUUGCUCGAAAGAAGACACUGGAGUCUUCCUGUAUAUACUAUUAAAUCGAUUUAUUAAUUAAUGCUUGAUAACGAAUAGCUAAUUAAAUGUUGAGAACGAGAGUGAGAGAGAGGUUUUUGUACUAAUUAAUGAAGGUGAGCAAACAAAAAAGUCAGACUUCACAGUUAAAUGAAUAUAUAAGGGCUACUACUAUAUCUAAAUGAUUUGUUUUCAUUCGUACUUACAUAAUAUAUAUAAUAUAUAUUGCGUUGUGGAUGUAUUAUAUAAUACCGUGACCGUGAUCUAUGGACUAAUUUUAAUGCAUAAUUAAAUCGAGAUGAUGUUGCGAUUUUAUCUCCUGAGGAAACCAGCUCAAAGCACUAUCUCUGAUUACAUUUCUUGAUUUGACCCUCUUAAGAUAUUUCCUCGGAACUUACGCACAUUAAGGGUGUCCACCUUGCUUGCCCACUUACGGAUAGAAAAUUCACUUUGACACUAAAGCUUUUAAUUCGCAGAGCUUACAAUUCAAAAAUCAAUUAAUCCUUAUUCGUAAGAGACAUACCAAACUGCUUGAUAUGGCUAUUAAUCCCUUGCUAAUCAAACCCUAUACUAAAAUCCAUCUUCUUUCUGUAAAAAUCGAGCAACUUGGAAUUCAAGAUUUACCAUUUAAUUAUUUAGUCUCUCUAAGUAGCCUUAAAAAGUUUCCCGAUGCACACUUUUUUGCAUCGGGAAGCCCUGUGAUGAUUUGUCUCAUCAACAUCUUAUCUCGUGUUUUAAACGGUUGGGCUUUAAAUUAUUUGUGGUGAUAUUAAUUAUUUAACCCGCUGCGAAGUCUCCUAUUUCUACGAUUGUUAACCCCACCUGAGAACUUUUCCUGACUACUAAAUCCUUUUAAAAUUUUCGAAAUUUUAUCCGUUUUUAUGAGAGCUUAAAAA